AUGAAAGUAUUUUCAAUUAUUUCAGCGCUGCUGAUGUUUGCGACAGUUGCAGUCUCUGGAUACAAUGGUGUAUUGAUUGUGGAGAAUGGACAAAGAUUGAAUCUUACAUUAUUCGAUGUAAAGACUGGUGCAUUUGAUGCGUUACUCUUACUACCUUCAACAGGUGGGGCUAUACAACCCCUAACAUACACCAACUCUAUCUUUACCUAUAUUUCUUAUCCUAAUCAACCAUCACUUGUUUAUUUAAAUACUCAAUCUGGUACUAUUGUAAAAUCAAUUAAUUUACCUGUUGGCUAUGAAUAUGGAACAUCUACAUUGUCAAGUGACGGUACUCAAUUCUAUGUACUCCUUUCCGGUUCAAUUAAUUUCUAUUUAUAUAGAUUUAAUUUAAAUGAUGGUUCAUUGGACAAGUCAUUUGAAAUUAAGUCACCAACCUUUUUAAGUAAUAUUCAAGGUGUUCAAUUAUACUCUAUUUAUGAUUUUAAUAAUAACCGUGCUGUUGUUUGGUUUAAUGCUCCUGGCAUGAAUGAUGAUGAAUCAAAGAUAGUUGAUGAUAUUGAUCUAUCAUCAUUUGGAUUGAUUACAUGUAAAAUAUCACAAGGAUGUAAUUACCUAUUUACAUUGGAUUUGGAGAAACAACAAGUUAUUGGGAGUACCAAUGUUGGAUCGACAUUUGGAUACGAUCAAUCAUUUGGAUUCGCAUCACUCGAUGGAAAUAUUGUUAGUGGUGUGAGUGCUCAAUCUGGGUACCACCCACUAUCAGCUAUAGAGUUGGAUAUUACCAGUGGCACAAUCACAUAUAUUCAACCAGACUUUGGUCUCAACACAUAUUAUAGUGACCUAGUAACAGGGUUCCUCCCUAAAGACAAUCUAGCAUUUGUACUUGCCAACAAUGCAUGGUACACUGAUGAACCAAGCUAUUUCCUAGUCUAUGAUUUCGCUAAUUCCAAUAGUGUUCUAUCAAAUACUACUUAUCCUUCUCAAACUGAUACUAUCAUUGUUUUCCCUUUCUAA